CAUCUUUCCUUUGAUUUUGUAGCUAAUUCAUCAUUUUUGAGGGUGGCCGCCUCGAACAGUUGGCCUUUUCAGACACUCUUUAGAACCCACAGCUUUUACAUUCUAUCCAUUCCCUUGUUGCUCUUCAGCACUUCCAAUCGCUUAACCAACUCAAGAAUUACGAAUCGCAAUUCGCAACCACCAAGAAUCGUCAAAAUGAGCUUGUCCAAGCUCUCCGUCUCUCUGCUCGCCCUGGCUGGCGGCGCCCUCGGUGCUAACCUGCCCUCCAUUACCGCCAAGGGCUCCAAGUUCUUCUACCCCAACGGCACCCAGUUCUUCAUCAAGGGUGUUGCGUACCAGCAGGAUGUCGGCCAGGCCGGAACCACCACCUCUGGCAACUCGACCUUCAUCGACCCUCUCUCCAGCGAGUCCAACUGCAAGCGUGACAUCCCUCUGCUGCAGCAGCUGGGCACCAACGUGAUCCGAACCUACGCCAUUGACCCCACGGCCGAUCACUCCGCCUGCAUGAAGCUCCUCAACGAUGCCGGCAUCUACGUCUUCUCUGACCUGGGAGAGCCCUCUCUGUCCAUUAACCGUGACACCCCCAGCUGGAACACCGACCUGUUCGCCCGCUACAAGGCCGUUGUCGACGAGAUGCAGCAGUACUCCAACGUGAUUGGCUACUUUGCCGGUAACGAGGUCAGCAACGCCAAGAACAACACUGGCGCCUCUGCCUACGUCAAGGCCGCCGUCCGUGACACCAAGGCCUACAUCAAGUCCAAGAACUACCGCUGGCAGGGUGUUGGCUACGCCGCCAACGACGACGUCGAUAUCCGUGCCGAGAUUGCCGACUACUUCAACUGCGGUGACCAGUCCGAGGCCAUUGACUUCUGGGGCUACAACAUCUACUCUUGGUGCGGCCAGAGCACCAUGCAAAAGUCCGGUUACGAUGAGCAGACCACCUUCUUCUCCAACUACUCCGUCCCCGUCUUCUUCGCCGAGUACGGCUGCAACCUGCCCAACGGUGCCGCUGCCCGUAUCUUCCAGGAGACUGCUGCCCUGUACUCUGACGAGAUGUCUGCUGUUUUCAGCGGUGGUAUCGUCUACAUGUUCUUCGAGGAGGCCAACGACUAUGGUCUCGUUUCCGUCUCCAACGGCGCCGUCACCAAGCUCAAGGACUUCAGCGCUCUCCAGGCUCAGGUUACCAAGGCUGAUCCCAAGGGUGUUGACUCCAGCGACUACAAGCCCGCCAACAAGCCCGCCAGCUGCCCUGCCCUGACCUCUGACUGGCAGGCCAUCAACGACCUCCCUCCUACUCCUGAUUCUAGCCUUUGCACUUGCAUGCAGAACACCCUGUCUUGCGUCCGCUCCGACUCUCUCGACACCAAAGACUACGGUGACAUCUUCGGCUUCAUCUGCGGCAAGAACCCCGCCGUCUGCGCUGGUAUCAACGGUGAUGCUUCCACUGGUGUCUACGGUGCUUACAGCAUGUGCGACGACGGUGCCAAGCUUGACUAUGUCCUCGACGCCUACUACAACUCCCAGCAGAAGGCCUCCUCCGCCUGUGACUUCAACGGCCAGGCCCAGGUUAUCAGCGCCAAGGGCGCCGCCUCCUCUUGCUCUGCUGCUCUGGCCUCUGCCAGCGCCAUCAACAAGGCUGCUGCCACCGCUACCAGCCCUGUCGGCGGCGGUUCCACCUCUGGAGCCAAGGGUGCUGCCACCAGCACCAACGCCGCUGUUGCCGGCCGCCCCAGCGCCAACCUGUUGAGCCUGGGCGAGCUGUCCGUGGCUCUGUACAUGGGCGUCGCCAUGCUUGCUGGUGGUGCCAUGAUUGUCCUGUAAAAAGGUGGCCUUUGAAAUUUACGGUGGGGUUGUGUAUGUAGAUGGGAGGUUUAUAGGAAAGUGAAAUAAUUAUCGUCGUCUUUUCAUGUAUCUUUGGAUCCCAGGAUUUUGUUUGGCCUCUCUCUUUUUCAUGGGGAGGAAUCAAAUUUCUUUUUUUUUGAUAUACAAGGCAUCAAUGGUGUUGCGUGUCUGCGGCUUUUUUCGCUAUUAGAACGGGUUGUCUCGAUAGCAGUAUUGACUUUUACGAUUCUACAAUACUUUGAAAAAUUUCUUCUUCUUUUUUAAACAACUUUUUUCACCUUUACCCUUUUUUUAUCUGUUUUAUGCCCUUUUUGACUUGUAUAUAUUCGUUUUGAGAUGCCUUUGAUGCGGGGUGUCUUGAUGGUUUAUACAAGAGCUGAAUUGAGAGAAUUAUAUGGCC